AUGCAAUCGAUCACCACCCCAGCUAUGGCUGUCGACCCUUUGCCCGUCAACAUCAAUCCAGAGCACAUAUCCCUUCCCGUCGAAAAGAAGAAAAAGAAGAAGCGAUCCCGCGAAGAUGAUCAAGCCUCCCCUCAUGAACGGAAAGAGAGUAAAAAGAAACGCAAGCACGUCAAUCCCGAUCCAGAGGAACUAGAGGAGCCAUCCUCUGCAGCCGCUGUCGACAGCGACGCGCCUGCGAAGAAGAAGAAGAAGAAGAAAAAGGACAAAGGAAAAGCGAAAGCGAAAUCCGCAGAAACGGCAUUGGCAGACCAAACAGAUGCUGAAAUAGAGGCCAACUCUCAUGCGUCGGCCGCUGCCCUCCUUUCUGCCAUUGUCGCGGCCUCAGUUACGAACUCCGAAGCGCCUCAAAUGCCUGUACCUCCCGGUUAUGACCCACGUCUGAUACCAGCCAGUGCUCACUUCAUGCCGUAUCCUCCUCCAAUGCAUUUUGGAUUUCCAAUGGCACCUCCAGGAACUUUUGAUCCGAGCGCGCCUCAGCCGUCUAACGCAUUCCCUGGCCCUCCUCCACAUGGCAACACCUUUUCAGAGUUAUCCUUUGGAUCGAACGAGGAGGUGUUGCGGGCAUUGCAGGAGCUUGAUAUGAGCAAGAUCGCCAAUGUCCUUAGAACGCUAGGAGACGCUCCUACUGCUCCCCAGCUUAGCUUCACGCCUCAGCAACUGGAUCAACUUUCGCCUCCUGAUCUGCAGCAGCUAGCGACAUCCUCCAACGCGCUUUUGGGAGUACCAGCGAAGAGCAACGCCGGCCACAAGCGACUAAUCAAUAUGGCCAUGCCCGGCAAUGAACAGCCCGGCAAUAUCAACCAUGCGCAUUUACUCGCCAAUAAAUGGCUAGGCGCUAGUAAGCUGGCCGAACUUGUCAGGACAGAAGGUCUUGUUUAUAAGAAAGGUAAAUUCUCUGCCAUUGAAGAGCAUCUAAUAAGGUCUGCCGUCGCGAAUAUCCAACACGUGAGGCAGCUCAGCGAUCAAGAACUACUUGAAAUCAUAUUCUCCAAGAAUGACAAGAAUAGGGAUACCGCGUUUUGGUCGGAACUGACUGCUGCUGUUCCUUUGCGCCCAAUCAUUGCUGUCUACCAUCAUGUUCGAAGGUCAUAUCACCCUAUGAAGCAGCAAGGGCCGUGGAAGCCCGACGAGGAUGACUUGUUAAAGCAAGCUGUAGCUGAUCUCGGGCAGCAAUGGGAAAAAGUUAGCUCUCGCGUCGGAAGAAUGGCUUCGGAUUGUCGGGAUCGAUACCGCAACCAUCUCCUCAAUCGGGACAUCAGAAUCACAGGCCCAUGGUCGAAGGAAGAGGAAGAUCAGCUUACUCAAAUUGUUACCGACAUGACUGUGAAGCAAGGGAAAGACGUUGAUAACGAUGUAUUUUGGAGCAAAGUCAGCGAGCUUAUGGGAGGCAGGCGUGGACGUCAACAGUGCAGGAUUAAAUGGACCGACGCACUGAGCAAAACCAUGAAAAACGAAGGACAGAAGCCACGAUGGAGCCAACAAGACGCCUUCAUCCUUGUUCACAAAGUGGACUCUUUAAACGUUCGAGAUGACACCGAGAUCGAUUGGAAGCUCAUUUCAGAUGCUGAUUGGAAUUUAUGGAGUGCGCAUACACUUCAGCGACGCUGGUUGACACUGAAAAAGAGUGUCAAGGGCUAUGAAGAAAUGACGCAUCAAGAAAUAAUGGACAUCCUUCGCAUCAAGAAGGCACACCUACCACCGCCGCCGCCACCUCCAAGUACGCGCAAACGCGAGCGGAAGGUGACAAGUGCACCGUCUGUGAACGAGCCUGAUUCGCGAGACAGCCAUGCCACGACGCCUGAAGCCGGUCCAAGCAAUGGUCCAGGUACGGCAAGCGAGGAGAGCGUUGUGGAAAGACAGCUGCAAGAAGACGAUUCCACGGAUUCAGAUAGCUGA